AGCACCGGUACGACAGAUACCCUACUUGAUAUUGAAAAAAAAAGUCUCAAUUGAGCUUACAAAUCUUGAUAGUUUAAGUUUUUUCGACGUGCUAAGUGUCAAGUAUGCCUGGUAAAAGUUGAUAUCCAAUUGUAUUUAACGGAACAGCUCGAGUCAUACUUACUGUUGGUGCCAAAAAAACUAAUACAAAAGCAGCAUGUUGGACGUCAGAGCUUUCAGAGCGAAGAAUAAAUCCAAGGAGGAAGAAAAGCUCACGAUUUUGACGCAGUGGACCGAGCACAGCAUUCAAUUUUUCAUUAUAAGAGAAGAUAAGUCUGUUAUGGUUGGCGAGAUGGCCAUGAGUAACCUCAGUUCAUACGCGGAAUGUUUCAACCAAAGACUAGAAGAUUACGUUCAUGAAACAAAAGAAAUCAUGUCAGGUGCUAGGCAAAACAUAGACUUUGAUUUAAAAGAAAAUAAGUUUAUGUGGAAGAAAAAGUCGUGGUUGCGUGGAGAAGUAAAUGUUCAACAAAGUACUGACAAAGAUUACCUUCUAGACGUAUUUUUCAUUUAUAUAGACAGUUCGACAGAAGAACGAAAAAAAACAUCUGAAGUUGUAAAACGAGUGGCAAGCCUGGAAAAGUUGACAGAAGACCUUAAAUACCAAUUGAAUAAAUGCAUACUUUUGAAAGAACAAAUGGAAACAAGUUUAUACAUGAUGUUUUUGGAAAAAGUUAAUAAGAUCAAAGUUAAAAAUCGAGAACUUAGAAUAGAAAAUAAUCAGUUAAGAAAAAUGCUUGGUAAGGGUACAGUCUACGAUGUAACUACGGAUGAAAGUGAUGAAGAGGAAAGCGCAAAAAAUCAUCUAUCUAGUCAGUCUACAGUAGUAAAAAAACCCAGUGAAAAAUUAUUACGUGAUACAAUUGUGCGCUCGUCAUUUAAACCAUCGAAAAAAAAACAAGUAACCAAAAUUAUAGCAAAAAGUAUAACUAAUAUUGAAGAGGAAGAAAUGAAAAAUCGUGAAAAUGAUGAAAAAAACUGUACAGUAGCUGAAGAAAUUCAGAAAAAUGAUAUAGUAAUAGAGAAGAAUGAUAACAUUAACGUUACUGAAUCUACAAAAGACUCACUUAAUCGUGAUAAAUCUGAAAAAGUUAAAGACAGUAUAAGUUUUACCAAUGAAAGUUAUAAAAUGGAAAUCAGUCAGAAUACAUGUAAUAAAGAAAUUGAGAGCAUUCAAGAAUUGAAAAACACGAAUCAAGACGUACAUGAAAAAAAAUGUCAAGUAGACACUAGUACAAUUGCAUCAAGCAAAGUCGUGGUAUCUGAAAUUGGUGAAGAUGAAGAAACACCUGAUAUGCUUUCUGGUGAAAGUGAUUGUGAAAUGGAACUCAGGUUUGAUGAUGAAAGAGAUGAUAAAAUGGAUGAUGAAAACGAAGGAAGCAAUAAGAAAAACCAUGAAAAACAAGAGCAAAACCAUGAAAAUAAAGACGAAGGUGUGGAUUAUGGUAAACUACAUGGAGCAGCAAAUAAUAAUAAACAAGAAAAAAGUUUUGAUAGCAGUGAAAGGAGUGGUUAUAAUGAAACAAUAAGUGAUAAAAAAAUUAUAGAACAAGAUUCCGAAGAAAUGGUGUAA